AUGAACUGGUUUGCCCUGCCGAUGCCCUACCAUCUGGGCAGCAGUGACCUCUACCCUCACACUGGUAACCCCCCUGAGGUCACCUACAGGAAACCAUGGAGCAGAGGUAUGAUGAGUUUCUCUUUUUAUUUACAUCAUCUGCCCAAAUCUACCCGACUACCCAGCAGUUGGCCCUAUUCCAAGGUUUUUCAAUGUAGAUGUAAAUGUUUUCAAUGUAUAUGGCUCAACACAGAUUUGUAUGAUCAUGAUUAUCUAUAGGAAGGAGUCUAACCAUUCACAUUAUUGCAUCAGCAGUGGUUAGAUAAGGACUCAUAGACAAGUUUUUCCUAUUCCUUGUUUUGACAGGAAAUGUGAUUUCCAACUGCAAACUGUUUGUCAGUGGAUCUGUACUAGAUGACUUGGGGAUUAAAGGACAACCAACAUACUCUCUUGAAAAGUAAACACUUAAUUUGAAAACAUGUAUAUAGGCUACUGUAUACCUACAGUAUGUGUGUUUAAAGACAAACCAAAUGCUUAAAGUUCAGUUUACACCUGAGAAGUUACUGAAGGAUUGUAUGCGCUACAUUUGACAGGGUUUUCUCAUCAUGAUGUAAUUUUUCAGGCUGAAUGUUAGUCUGAACCAGGUGAGAGUGGAUCUUCUGGAGGUGAUACCGAGCUCCAACCCCAACUCUCAGCUUGAUUUAGAUAGAGAUGAAGCAGUGUGGCUCCUGAGAGAGGCUAGGAAGGACAAGGGACACUUUGUCUGUAAUGAAUCCUUUAGCAAGAGCACAGGAGAGAAAAUGAGCCCAAGACAUCUGCAUGAUGGUCAGUUCAUAACAUAAUGCUUCAAUGAUAAUAUUCCUAAUCUGUGUAUCAGACACCCCUGUUAUUGGAUGAAUAACGAUAAAGAGGAAAAUACCUUGAAUUAUUUUGAAUUGUGCACCCAAACAUUACAUAUCCAGAGAUAUCCUGUCCUAAGGUAAGUGGGGAAAAAAGUAUUUUGCCACAAUUGUGCAGUCUCCCACUAAAAGAUGAAAGCCAUUUCUCUAGUACACGCAACUUGACAGACAAUGAGAAAAAAAAUCCAGAAUCACAUUGAGAUUUUAAUGAAUUAUUUCAUUAUGGGAAAAAAGUAUUGGUCAUACAAAGUUUCUCAAGUUAAUACCCUUGUUGUGACACAGGUCAACCUUUCUGAAGUCUCACAAGGUUUUCACACACUGUUGCUGGUAUUUUGGCCCAUUCCUCCAUGCAGAUCUCCUCUAGAGCAGUGAUGUUUUGGGGCUGUCGCUGGGCAACACAGACUUUCAACUCCCUCCAAAGAUUUUCUAUGGGGUUGAGAUCUGGAGACUGGCUAGGCCACUCCAGGACCUUGAAAUGCUUCUUACGAAGCCACUCCUUCGUUGCCCGGGCGGUGUGUUUGGGAUCAUUGUCAUGCUGAAAGACCCAGCCACGUUUCAUCUUCAAUGCCCUUGCUGGUGGAAGGAGGUUUUCACUCAAAAUCUCACGAUACAUGGCCCCAUUCAUUCUUUCCUUUACACGGAUCAGUCGUUCUGGUCCCUUUGCAGAAAAACAGCCCCAAAGCAUGAUGUUUCCACCCCCAUGCUUCACAGUAGGUAUGGUGUUCUUUGGAUGCAACUCAGCAUUCUUUGUCCUCCAAACACAACAAGUUGAGUUUUUACUAUUUUGGUUUCAUCUGACCAUAUGACAUUCUCCCAAUCCUCUUCUGGAUCAUCCAAAUGCACUCUAGCAAACUUCAGACGGGCCUGGACAUGUACUGGCUUAAGCAGGGGGACACGUCUGGCACUGCAGGAUUUGAGUCCCUGGCGGCGUAGUGUGUUACUGAUGGUAGGCUUUGUUACUUUUGUCCCAGCUCUCUGCAGGUCAUUCACUAGGUCCCCCCGUGUGGUUCUGGGAUUUUUGCUCACCGUUCUUGUGAUCAUUUUGACCCCACGGGGUGAGAUCUUGCGUGGAGCCCCAGAUCGAGGGAGAUUAUCAGUGGUCUUGUAUGUCUUCCAUUUCCUAAUAAUUGCUCCCACAGUUGAUUUCUUCAAACCAAGCUGCUUACCUAUUGCAUAUUCAGUCUUCCCAGCCUGGUGCAGGUCUACAAUUUUGUUUCUGGUGUCCUUUGACAGCUCUUUGGUCUUGGCCAUAGUGGAGUUUGGAGUGUGACUGUUUGAGGUUGUGGACAGGUGUCUUUUAUACUGAUAACAAGUUCAAACAGGUGCCAUUAAAACAGGUAACGAGUGGAGGACAGAGGAGGCUCUUAAAGAAGAAGUUACAGGUCUGUGAGAGCCAGAAAUCUUGCUUGUUUGUAGGUGACCAAAUACUUAUUUUCCACCAUAAUUUGCAAAUAAAUUCAUUAAAAAUCAUACAAUAUGAUUUUCUGGAAAAAAAAAUCUCAAUUUGUCUGUCAUAGUUGACGUGUACCUAUGAUGAAAAUUACAGGCCUCUCUCAUAUUUUUAAGUGGGAGAACUUGCACAAUUGGUAGCUGACUAAAUACUUUUUUUCCCCACUGUAUCUACUAUAAGCUGUGUCUAUGUCAAUAGAGGUAAGUUAAAAGAAACAAGUCGCAAAAUAUCUAUGUGGACAUGUGCUGAUAUAACCAAACCUGUAUUUUCCUCUCAGAUCUUGUCAUGCCGGAGGAGGUUCUGUUUGUUGAUCACUUGCCACAGUUCAGGAAACAUCUGCCCUCCUUGAAAGCCAAGUUAUCCAGACUGAGGAACCUGCCUGUGUCAGACCCUCUUUUCAGCUCCACUGGAGGCAUCCUGUCAGAGGAAGCUAUAUUCAGGUAGGCAACAGGAUUGGGGUCAUUUCAGUGAACUCUGGAAGGGAAUUGAAAUUCAAUUAACUAAUCAAAAAAAUCCUCAUAGAUAAUUUUAAAUUCAUUAAUUAGAUUUCAAUAACUCAUGGUGGUAAUAUACAAUUGUCUGUGUUGUGUAGUGUCACUGAAUUAUCUGUUUUUGUUUUGUAAACUAUUUCAUGUCAAUUGGGCUUUCAGGCACUCUGCGGCCUAUGAGGUACCCCUUGAUGCAGAGACGGAAAGCUCCAAAACCUGUUCAAACACUGACGAGGACUUUAGCAACGAGUCGUUGUUGAAUGAAGAGGUCAUUUAUUUGUAUUUGUAUUAUUAUUAUUUUAAUGUUUUAUUAUAAUAUAAAUAUAACAAAAUAUAGUCAUCCUUUGCAACACAGUAUAUAAAACAAAGACAAUCUUUAUACAUAGGGUAUACACAUUUAAAGCUACAAUAUGUAACUUUUUGGGCGACCCGACCAAAUUCACAAAGAAAUGUGAGUUAUAGAUCUUUCAUUCUCAUUAAGUCUAAGAAGCGGUAGAUCUGUUCUAUGUGCACAAUUUUUAUGCUUCCCGUUCUUAAGUUUAGUUUUUGCGUCUUUUCCAUAAUCACAAAUAUUGUAUUUUCAGCUGUUUGAAGCUGGUGUACAAAGCUGAAAGUAAAAUAUAUUUCACAGCUGUUUAGAUGGUACAAUGAUACUCUACACAAUGACUGCUUGUUUUGUUACAUAAACUGAAAUUAAGCAAACUAUUAGAAUUUUAGCAACCAGGAAAUGGUGGAGCGGUUUCUGCAUAGUGCAUCUUUAAACAAAAAUACAUAAGGCUUCACAGGCAUUUUGGGUUUGCUUUGCUUUAUAAUUUUUUAUUUAUUCAUGCAGCAUUUUAAAGUAAUUUUCAGGUUCAAUUUAAAAAGUAUGAAUCUUGGCUUUUCUUUAGCCGACUUGCAUUUAUGUAUAAAGUAUUUACCAUACAUAAUAGGGAUUCAUUAUGUAUACUUUGUUCUGAUCUAAAUCCUGAUGAUGAAAUAAAAGUAAUACAUCCUUACCAUCAAGCUGAACCCUAGCACCAGUUGAUCUAAAAAAAGGAAAUGCUCAAGGUUUGUCCCAAAAAAUCUUAGUACAAAUACAAUCAUAGAGAAUGAAGAGGGGAUAAUAAAUGACACAGAGGAGGAAGAUUAUAUAACAAAUCUGUUUAGCAAAUAGUUACCAGAUUGAAUAAUUUAUACAAUGUUAUUCCUUUCUUAUAGUCUCUGAUGUUACCUGUUGAAAUGGACACCUGCACACUCAAGAUGGAAGAUUGCAUCCCUUUUUCAAAUAUUCAUAAACUAUUGAAUGUUGUACCAGAAUUGAUAGAGGACCAAACCUCUUGCCUGGAUAUGCUCACUAAAGGUGGGGGAUAACUACACUGCUCAAAAAAAUAAGGGAACACUAAAAUAACACAUCCUAGAUCUGAAUGAAUGAAAUAAUCUUAUUAAAUACUUUUUUCUUUACAUAGUUGAAUGUGCUGACAACAAAAUCACACAAUUAUCAAUGAAAAUCAAAUGUAUCAACCCAUGGAGGUCUGGAUUUGGAGUCACCCUCAAAAUUAAAGUGGAAAACCACACUACAGGCUGAUCCAACUUUGAUGUAAUGUCCUUAAAACAAGUCAAAAUGAGGCUCAGUAGUGUGUGUGGCCUCCACGUGCCUGUAUGACCUCCCUACAAUGCCUGGGCAUGCUCCUGAUGAGGUGGCGGAUUGUCUCCUGAGGGAUCUCCUCCCAGACCUGGACUAAAGCAUCCGCCAACUCCUGGACAGUCUGUGGUGGAUGGAGCGAGACAUGAUGUCCCAGAUGUGCUCAAUUGGAUUCAGGUCUGGGGAACGGGCGGGCCAGUCCAUAGCAUCAAUGCCUUCCUCUUGCAGGAACUGCUGACACACUCCAGCCACAUGAGGUCUAGCAUUGUCUUGCAUUAGGAGGAACCCAGGGCCAACCGCACCAGCAUAUGGUCUCACAAGGGGUCUGAGGAUCUCAUCUCGGUACCUAAUGGCAGUCAGGCUACCUCUGGCGAGCACAUGGAGGGCUGUGCGGCCCCCCAAAGAAAUGCCACCCCACACCAUGACUGACCCACCGCCAAACCGGUCAUGCUGGAGGAUGUUGCAGGCAGCAGAACGUUCUCCACGUCGUCUCCAGACUCUGUCACGUCUGUCACAUGUGCUCAGUGUGAACCUGCUUUCAUCUGUGAAGAGCACAGGGCGCCAGUGGUGAAUUUGCCAAUCUUGGUGUUCUCUGGCAAAUGCCAAACGUCCUGCACGGUUUUGGGCUGUAAGCACAACCCCCACCUGUGGACGUCGGGCCCUCAUACCACCCUCAUGGAGUCUGUUUCUGACCGUUUGAGCAGACACAUGCACAUUUGUGGCCUGCUGGAGGUAAUUUUGCAGGGCUCUGGCAGUGCUCCGCCUGCUCCUCCUUGCACAAAGGCGGAGGUAGCAGUCCUGCUGCUGGGUUGUUGCCCUCCUACGGCCUCCUCCACGUCUCCUGAUGGACUGGCCUGUCUCCUGGUAGCGCCUCCAUGCUCUGGACACUACGCUGACAGACACAGCAAACCUUCUUGCCACAGCUCGCAUUGAUGUGCCAUCCUGGAUGAGCUGCACUACCUGAGCCACUUGUGUGGGUUGUAGACUCCGUCUCAUGCUACCACUAGAGUGAAAGCACCGCCAGCAUUCAAAAGUGACCAAAACAUCAGCCAGGAAGCAUAGGAACUGAGAAGUGGUCUGUGGUCACCACCUGCAAAACCAGUCCUUUAUUGGGGGUGUCUUGCUAAUUGCCUAUAAUUUCCACCAGUUGUCUAUUCCAUUUGCACAACAGCAUGUGAAAUGUAUUGUCAAUCAGUGUUGCUUCCUAAGUGGACAGUUUGAUUUCACAGAAGUGUGAUUGACUUGGAUUUACAUUGUGUUGUUUAAGUGUUCCCUUUAUUUUUUUGAGCAGUGUAUAUCUAGGAACAACAUUUACAAUGUAGAAUGACUGUGAUUGAGGCUAAUCGCAAAGUCCUGUGUCAUUUGUUUAUUUAACCUUUAGCCAUUUAAGUCAUUGAGAAGAAAUUAUCCUUACCAAUAACAACCUGUUUUUUAUAUUAUUUCUUUCAGCAACUCCCUCAGAUGCACUGGAGUCAGUGGACAUAUCCCAGUUUGAAGUGCCACGGCUGCCAGUCGAUGACUCUCACUGUGAGAUUAAUGAAAUCCUGCUGGAUCUCAAGUCAUCAGGUACAAAACUAUCGCUUUACUGUAGAUUUCACUUUACUGUAGAUUCUCAUUAUGUGUCAAUAAUCAAUAAAUCAACAGAAUGGCUACAUACACUGUACAAUGUAUUAUUGACAUACGGUAUAACCAAAUCAAUGUGUGAAUUAUUAGAAUUUCCACCCCCCCCCCCCUCCUAUCAGAUCACUUGGUGUUGCCUACUCAGAUGGAGAUGGACCUACCCCUCACCCCCUCUCCCAAGCCCAGCCUGACCCAGCUCUGUCUGGCCUCCUCCCAACUCCCAGCUGAGCAGAUCUCUCCACUCUACAGAUAGUAAGUCACCUCUUGGGGGUAAGACUAGAGAGAUAAUACCAUGCAUUUUUCAUAGCUGGGGUACAUUCCUUGGCAUGUUCUACCACUACAGAUGUGGCUACUUAUAUCAGGAUACAGGAUAUAGCAACCUGCAAUGUUGUUUGUUCUGAGAUUUCAUCACUAAGUGUGCUGCCCCAUAUACACAGUACAUCAUAUCUCUAUAUAUGGCUCUGUAAGCGUGCCACUAAGUGAUGCAGGGUCUCAUGGUGCCAGUGAUUUCCUUGUAGUUAUUUAGUGUCUGAGAAAGAUCAGGAGGAGAUGGAACAGGCACUUUGGAGGGCAGAGAAGCACCCUGACUUGGUGCUGGGCUUUCUUUUGGCAGGUAAGAGCAUAGUACUGUAGUUGUAUGAGGUGUGAGACAUAACAAGACUUAUCACAAAUUACAAUAUGCACUCUUACCAGUUCACAGUUACCUAAGUUCCCUCUGUCACACUUCCUUUGCCUGCAUUCAUGCUGCAGUUUGCACAUUGCAUUGUUAGCAGCAUUGCAUUACUAAAAGUACAUAUUCCUCUCUUUGCUAAAUGCUAACAGAGCCCCAGAAGUCGGAAUCUGUUGUGCAGUUCCAGCCUUUGACCAAAGCCUUGAAGUUAUUAGGGAUUGGUCGGGACAACUCUGUGAGACUCGAUGAAGGAAUGGAACUAUCACUUCUGGGAACAAGCUCACCAGGACUGACAGGGAUGAAUGGGAAUGUUUCCUCUGACUUCACUGAGAGUAUGAUGAUCUCGGAGCAACCCCACCUUAUGGAGACAUUGAGCAGUAAGAUAGAGGACUUCACACUACUAUCACCCUGCCAGAUGGACAGUGAGUUUGACUGAUCUAUAAAACAUAUUGUCCCGCUGCAGUAUUGCUAGCUACCUGUCUAGAUAACUUUGUAAAUUCUUUCAAAGUGUGAAACUUAUUGAGGAUGUGGUGUUAUCUUGUUUUACAGAUAUACUGAGUGAAUCUGUAGAUGACUCUAGUAAGUGUAAUAUCAGGCCGAUAUAUGAAUCAGUUUAUUACUAUAUAAUAUAAUAAGCACCUUGCUGCUGCUAUCUUCCACAGUACCUCAAAAAAACAUUGAAAAUGUGUAUAAUAUGUAUAAUAUGGCUGCAGCAAAGUUCUGGAUCUCGCUCUCUCUGUCCCCAGAGUUGUCAGGCCCACCAAGUGAGAUAAAAGUCAAGUCUAUCCUGAAGAAUGCAACACCCAUGGUUGUGCCAUAUCAUCAGGAGAGCGAGAGAGCUGGGAAUACAGUCGUUUCAGCAAAGGCUGUUGCCACUUCCCAGGAGAAAGAGAGAACUGGGAAUGUGGCCCUCACAGCCCAAGCAUCUAUUUCUUCCAAAGAGAAAGAGAGAUCUGGGAAUGUGGUCUUUUCAACGCAGGCUGUUUCCACUUCUCGUGAGAAAGAGAUAGCUGGGAGUAUGGCCAUCUCAGCAGCACAGGCUACCACCACUACUUACCUGGAGAAAUUGGACCAUGCAGUUAGACCUCAGAAGAAGGAGGAGGGUUUACCUGACCAGAGAGCUAAUGUAUCCAAACUCCCAACCCCCAGACCCAGUGUGAGAGACAGUCACAUGAGUCUCCCAGUGGCUAAAUCUCAGAAGGACUUAGACCCUCUGUCCACUUUCAUGAUGUUAAGGUCCCAACAGAUAACCUACGUCUCUGUGUCGCCUCAGAACCAUACAAGCACCCCAGGUAGAGUAUUAUGUAGAUACAAUAUGAUAUUUUACUGUUCAUGUUCAUGGCAAUUCACCAUGACAAGCAGUAUUCACAACAACAUGAGUUUGUGAGGUUAUUUUAGGCCCUCAUCGCAUUGAACACAUUAAAUAAGUCAGUAAGUGAUUUUCAGUGCCACAGGUGGAGCAGCAGACACCACAGCCACCUACGACAGAAAUGAGGCCUGGCUUAGAUGUCAAGCCUGUUGCCUAUGCAGUCACAGGAAAUGACAUCAGAGCCCCUGAGGCAAUCAUUCAGCCUGUCCCCGAGGACAGACAUAACAGCAAUGUCAUACAUGUCCAAGCCACAGGUACAGUGCAGUGUUGUAGUACACAUUUAACUAAAUAAUCCUAUUAAAUAUGUUCACCUAUAUUAAUAGCUAAAUACUUUUACUAAAUAUGUACAGUGGGGAAGAACAAGUAUUUGAUACACUGCCGAUUUUGCAGGUUUUCCUACUUACAAAGCAUGUAGAGGUCUGUAAUUUUUAUCAUAGGUACACUUCAACUGUGAGAGACGGAAUCUAAAACAAAAAUCCAGAAAAUCACAUUGUAUGAUUUUUAAGUAAUUAAUUUGCAUUUUAUUGCAUGACAUAAGUAUUUGAUCACCUACCAACCAGUAAGAAUUCCGGCUCUCACAGGCCUGUUAGUUUUUCUUUAAGAAGCCCUCCUGUUCUCCACUCAUUACCUGUAUUAACUGCACCUGUUUGAACUCUUUACCUGUAUAAAAGACACCUGUCCACACACUCAAUCAAACAGACUCCAACCUCUCCACAAUGGCCAAGACCAGAGAGCUGUGUAAGGACAUCAGGGAUACAAUUGUAGACCUGCACAAGGCUGGGAUGGGCUACAGGACAAUAGGCAAGCACCUUGGUGAGAAGGCAACAACUGUUGGCGCAAUUAUUAGAAAAUGGAAGAAGUUCAAGAUGACGGUCAAUCACCCUCGGUCUGGGGCUCCAUGCAAGAUCACACCUCGUGGGGCAUCAAUGAUCAUGAGGAAGGUGGGGGAUCAGGCCAGAACUACACGGCAGGACCUGGUCAAUGACCUGAAGAGAGCUGGGACCACAGUCUCAAAGAAAACCAUUAGUAACACACUACGCCGUCAUGGAUGAAAAUCCUGCAGCGCACGCAAGGUCCCCCUGCUCAAGCCAGCGCAUGUCCAGGCCCGUCUGAAGUUUGCCAAUGACCAUCUGGAUGAUCCAGAGGAGGAAUGGGAGAAGGUCAUGUGGUCUGAUGAGACAAAAAUAGAGCUUUUUGGUCUAAACUCCACUCGCCGUGUUUGGAGGAAGAAGAAGGAUGAGUACAACCCCAAGAACACCAUCCCAACCGUGAAGCAUGGAGGUGGAAACAUCAUUAUUUGGGGAUGCUUUUCUGCAAAGGGGACAGGACGACUGCACCGUAUUGAGGGGAGGAUGGAUGGGGCCAUGUAUCGCGAGAUCUUGGCCAACAACCUCCUUCCCUCAGUAAGAGCAUUGAAGAUGGGUCGUGGCUGGGUCUUCCAGCAUGACAACGACCCGAAACACACAGCCAGGUUAACUAAGGAGUGGCUCCGUAAGAAGCAUCUCAAGGUCCUGGAGUGGCCAGUCUCCAGACCUGAACCCAAUAGAAAAUCUUUGGAGGGAGCUGAAAGUCCGUAUUGCCCAGCGACAGCCCCGAAACCUGAAGGAUCUGGAGAAGGUCUGUAUGGAGGAGUGGGCCAAAAUCCCUGCUGCAGUGUGUGCAAACCUGGUCAAGACCUACAGGAAACGUAUGAUCUCUGUAAUUGCAAACAAAGGUUUCUGUGCCAAAUAUUAAGUUCUACUUUUCUGAUGUAUCAAAUACUUAUGUCAUGCAAUAAAAUGCAAAUUAAUAACUUAAAAAUCAUACAAUGUGAUUUUCUGGAUUUUUGUUUUAGAUUCCGUCUCUCACAGUUGAAGUGUACCUGUGAUAAAAAUUACAGACCUCUACAUGCUUUGUAAGUAGGAAAACCUGCAAAAUCGGCAGUGUAUCAAAUACUUGUUAUCCCCACUGUAUAUAGCUACAGUAUAUUGAUAACCAAAUGCAGACAAUGCUGUGAAAAAUGUACCCCUGAUUCCAUUGUCCCCUAACCAUGAGCAGGUUGGCAUUUAUUGGGAUGACUCAUAUACUGGAGGCAGCUCUGCAGGGUAGUCACUAGCUGGCACAGCCACAAAGUCAUACAAUCUUUUUAAAAACCUAACCUUAACCACACUGCUAACCUUAUACCUAGCCCUAACCUUAAAUUAAGGCAAUUUCAUGAAUUAUUACGAUAUAUAGUAAAUUUUGACUUUGCAGCUUGCCAAUCUAGUGGAAAUCACGUAGUUCUGCCUCCAGGACAAGAUUCAUCCCAAUAAACAUUAACCUGCUAUCUGUGGCACAUGUCCAAUUCUGAGCACAGUUACAGCCGUCUCACCUCCCUCUCUCCCUCUGUGCUCCUGCAGAGAGUCAGUUCUGGGCGUACAGAGAGCUGCAGGCAUUUGUCCUGCCCUGCCUGUCCAGAGCCAGGGAGCUGGGGCUGACUAACUCAGCCUGUGGAGACUUCAGCACCCUGUACCCGGACCACACACGCUUCCUACUGAAACAGCAGGAGAAGGAGCUCAGCAUUCGACAGGGCCAGGGUGAGACACACACAUUUACCAAACACAACCAGUCAGGCACCCAUCGUGCUUGGACACUGGUGUAUAUUUGUGUUGGCUUAAUCUGGCGUGUACUUCAUUGACUUUCCAUUUGUUUAGUAGAUUUCUGAUCUGACAAAGCAUGUUUAAGCCACGAUUGAAAGUAUUAAAGUAAUUAAAAUUAAGGUAAUAAUAUACUGCACCCUAGUAAUUGAAUCUGAACGUCCCAUUUUAUUGCCUGACAUAUAGCAUAAGUUGUUUGAUGUUGUAUUGCAGACCCAGAGGCUCUGUAUGACCAUGUGGCACUGAUACAUGUCCUUGUGACAGUGAAGGACCUGCUCUUCAAGUGUGACCUCAGCACUGCAGUGGGUCAGUAUACAUGAGUUGAACAUUAAACUCCAGCACACUGCUAUUCCACAAUGCUUUUAAUUGAUCGCAAACCACGGUUUUGUCCUCUAUGCAUCUGGAACUCCCCUCUUUUGGUCCUGUAACAGAGUACCUGUCCAAGGCCACAGAGGCCUGCACGGGGCAGAAUCUGGACAGGUUGGUGAGAAAGCUGGAGAUUGUGCUGUACCUCAGUCAGAAAAAACAAGAGCACAACCCAAAGAUACUGGCACUGCAGGAACAGCUGACCACAUGGGUGCAGAGCAAGAGCAAUGGGGUCCAAAACUCCAACGUGAGUUUUCUUUCCUAUCAAAAUGCGUAUGGAUAUGAAAAAGAAAUGUUGCAAUUCAUUCAACAUGACAGCUAAAAGGCACAGUAGGAUUUACAGUAUGUGAACUUCACCACAAACCAUACUAUGUGGUGAAGGUCAUCACUAUUGAUAUAUUUCAGAGGUAAUUAUGGUUUCUAUUGUAGGUUCUGGUGAUAAUAACAGUGGACUUGGACUGUGCCAGAGCUAUGCUCAUUAAAGGCCUGAGCCAAGUCACAGGUAAGGAAACUUUAUUGCUUCUCUCAACAAACUUGAUCUAAUAUUGUCUAGUUUGUAUUACUCAGUAAUGCCAAUUCAAGUAGACAUGGCCUGUUGCGGUGCAUUUAUCUUACACUUGCUCUCGGUUGUGUUUUUAUUCAAUAGUCUUAUGCAAGAUUACUUUAGUAAUCAGCCCCACCCUAUCUGAGUGUGUGUGUGUGUGUGUGUGUGUGUGUCCCCCAGGUGAGGCUGUAGCUGCAGUAUGUCCUGAGGAGAGUAGAAGUAAGCUGGAGGGUGCGAAAGUGCUAGAUAGGUGUGUAUCUCCCAAAACACUCUAUUUAUACAUCUUUAUUUUGUUUAUAGGAACUCUUAUUGAGAAAUUGUACUGUCAUGCCUUCUCCCUUCUCCCAGCCUGCAGCAUAGCUGCUGUGUGGUGGUGUGUAGUCAGCACAUGGGAGCAGACUUCCCCUGGCACUGUUUCUCCCUGGUGGUGGAGUACGGCCACACAGAACACUCCCCCUGGGCUGCUGUCUGCACAGAGAGGAACAUCACACACAUUACCUUCCAGACCAGAAUAUCUAAUUCCUCUGGUUUGUAUUGAACUCUGCAGGAAGAUCUUUGAAAUGGUGUUAAUUGCUUCUUGGCCAUUUCUCAUUAAAUUCUGAAAGGAUCAAUCAAUUAUGAUAAUCAAAUGUAUUUAUAGAGCCCUUUUUACAACAGCAAGCAGUUGUCACAAAGUGCUUAUACAGAAACCGAGCCUAAAAUGCCAGAGAGCAAGCAAUGCAGAUGUAGAGGCACUAUAAUAAUCAAUUCUCCUUUCACCAAUUUCCAUUUGUGUGUCCUUGCGUGUCUGUUUUUAUGAAUCCAACAGUUAGUGACCCUGAGUCUUGGUCCCUGGAGCAGAGUGUCCCCUUUGUGUUGUUUGUGACUGAGGGGCUGCUCAGCUGUCCUCUGUUGCUUCAGAUACUGGAGUCAACGUGAGUCUUCUUCCCACUGAAUCAUUUGAAGUCACUUCUGAAAUCAGUUGACUUUAUUGGCCUUAUUUUUGGAGUAGGUUUGAGGAUGUGUCUCUUUGUUGCAGGUAUAAUAUGACUGUAUUGGAGAGGAGCCACUCUCAGUCCUUACAGAUGCUUGGAGGGACUCACCACUAUGCUGUGAUUACAGUAGACGAGAGCACUGCAGUCAUCAUUCAAGUAGGUCCUCCUAGCCAGUCUCAGUGAGGAGAGUGCCUUGCUCUGUCUGUCUUUAGAAGGAUCUUAUCCUUUGUUUAGUUGUGUCCCAAUAAAUGUUCUUCAGAAGGAUGUCUCUUCACAAAAAUGUACUGUAUGCCCAUGGCCUUUUCCCUUCAUACAGUUACCUCCCUAUCCUAUUAUUACAGUGUAGAAUACCACAUCAUUUCCCCAGUUGAUAACACUUUUCUAUUCUGUUUCUGUCUCAUAUCUAGAAGAAAUGUAGGUUAAGACAUUCAACUCAAACUGUGCAUAUGUGUUCUUUGCUCUGGUCUCCCCCAUCACCAGGAGCAGGCGGAGCUGUGUCAGGAGCGGGCCUGUGAGAGUCUAGUGAUUAGACUGACUGCUCUGUCUCUGCAGUACAGCUGCUGCUGGCUCAUCCUUCACUGCCAGCAGGACUCAGGGUUAGUACCCAUCACAAACACACACACAUUUCCCACAGAUUACAUUUUUGAAUUGUCUUUGUGGUUGUCUCUGUGGGUGUAGGUUGACCAGUGAGGGCUUCAACAACCUGGUGUUGGUCUACUCCUCUCUGGUGCUGUUUGGCCUCAAGACUGAGGGCCUGGAUGUCAAGGUAAAAUACAUUUUAGCUCUCUUCAAAAUCAAAAUAAACCAUGCAAGUCUGAUCCAACAUUUCUAUGAAUGCUUUUUUUUUGCUGACUUAUUUCUCUCAAUACCAGGUGCUAAUUGUAUCAGAAGUUGUGGACAUUGCCAAAUGGAUCUGCCAGAUAGCCUUCCAUACACUGCUGUCCAGUGAGAGAGAUCCUUCCAGCUACCUGGACAGAGAAUGGCUUUCUGUGAUGCCCUCAGAGGUGACUAGUAACUACUGUAGUCUUACCAAAGUGACUUUUAUCUCCGUAGCAUGUGGUAUUUUCAUCCUCUCCACUGCUAUUAUCAUAAUCUGUUUCAGGUUAUUAAUCAACCUACCAGGGUGUUUACAAACACUACAGGAACAAGAUCAUCCACAUGUAUUGAUUACAUUUUUACUAAUACUGUAGAACUUUGUUCUAAAGCUGUAUCCGUACCCAUUGGAUGCAGUGAUCACAAUAUAGUGGCUACAGUGGCUUGCGAAUGUAUUCACCCCCCUUGGCAUUUUUCCUAUUUUGUUGCCUUACAACCUGGAAUUAAAAUGGAUUUUUUGGGGGGUUUGUAUCAUUUGAUUUACACAACAUGCCUACCACUUUGAAGAUGCAAAAUAUUUUUUUAUUGUGAAACAAACAAGGAAUAACACAAAAAAACAGAAAACUUGAGCGUGCAUAACUAUUCACCCCCCCAAAGUCAAUACUUUGUAGAGCCACCUUUUGCAGCAAUUACAGCUGCAAGUCUCUUGAGGUAUGUCUCUAUAAACUUGGCACAUCUAGCCAGUGGGAUUUUUGCCCAUUCUUCAAGGCAAAACUGCUCCAGCUCUUUCAAGUUGGAUGGGUUCCGUUGGUGUACAGCAAUCUUUAAGUCAUACCACAGAUUCUCAAUUGGAUUGAGGUCUGGGCUUUAACUAGGCCAUUCCAAGACAUUUAAAUGUUUCCCCUUAAACCACUCAAGUGUUGCUUUAGCAGUAUGCUUAGGGUCAUUGUCCUGCUGGAAGGUGAACCUCCAUCCCAGUCUCAAAUCUCUGGAAGACUGAAACAGGUUUCCCUCAAGAAUUUCCCUGUAUUUAGCGCCAUCCAUCAUUCCUUCAAUUCUGACCAGUUUCCCAGUCCCUGCCGAUGAAAAACGUUACAUUUACGUUUUAUAAAAAAAAACAUCCCCACAGCAUGAUGCUGCCACCACCAUGCUUCACUGUGGGGAUGCUGUUCUCGGGGUGAUGAUAGGUGUUGGGUUUGCGCCAGACAUAGCGUUUUCCUUGAUGGCCAAAAAGCUCAAUUUUAGUCUAAUCUGACCAGAGUACCUUCUUCCAUAUGUUUGUGGAGUCUCCCACAUGGCUUUUGGCGAUGAGGAAUUUAAACAUUGUAUGGUUGAAAGAGAUGGGGCAAAAGGAAUGGCUAAUACGUCUGGCUGCACAUCUGACUGAAAUUUAGAAAUUAUGUGACUAAACUCAACAAAAGAAGAAGAAACUGUAUUAUGAAGCCAAGAAAAAAAACUUGAAAUGAAAUUAUGGGCAGAAAGACAAAUUCAACUCACACCUUUCAUCGAAUCAGAUGGCUUAUUCAGCACAAAACCAUUUGAUGUUGCCAAUUAUUUUAAUGAUUACUUAAUUGGCAAAGUGGGCAAACUUUGGCAGGAAAUGCCAACAAUGAACAGUGAGCCAUCGUACUCGUGCAUAAAAAUACAAAUAAUGAAAGAAAAGCAUUGCAAGUUAGAAUUUUUUUAAGUUAGUGUGGGAGAGGUGGAUUUCUUGUAUCAAUCAAUAAUGACAAACCUUCUGGCAUUGACAACUUAGAUGGAACGCUACUGAGGAUGUUGGAAAACAUUGUUUGACCAAAUACAAUGCUAUUUCUCUUUAAACAAAUUAACAGACUUUCAGCAUGCUUAUAGAGAAGAGCAUAACUGCACUGACACAAAUGUUUGAUGAUUGGUUGAAAUAAAUGGAUAAUAAGAAGAUUAUGGUACCUGUACUGUUAGAUUUCAGUGCAGCCUUUGACAUUAUUGACCAUAACCUGUUGUUGAGAACUUAUGUGUUAUGGCUUUUCAACCUCUGCCAUAUCGUGGAUUCAGAGCAAUCUAUCUAAUAUAACUCAGAGGGUUUUCUUUAAUGGAAGCUUCUCUAAUGUCAAACAUGUAAAGUGUGGUCUACCGCAGGGCAGCUCUCUAGACCCUCUACUCUUCUCUAUUUUUACCAAUGACCUGCCACUGGCAUUAAACAAAGCAUGUGUGUCCAGGUAUGCUGAUGAUUCAACCAUAUACGCAUCAGCAACCACAGCUAAUGAAGUCACUGAAACCCUUAAAAAAGAAUUGCAGUCUGUUUUGGAAUGGGUGGCCAGUAAUAAACUGGUACUGAACAUCUCUAAAACUAAGAGCAUUGUAUUUGGUACAAAUCAUUCCCUAAGUUCUAGUCCUCAGCUGAAUCUGGUAAUGAAUGGUGUGACUGUUGAACAAGUUGAGGAGACUAAAUUACUUUGUGUUACCUUAGAUUGUAAACUGUCAUGGUCAAAACAUAUAGAUUCAAUGGUUGUAAAGAUUGGGAGAGGUCUGUCCGUAGUAAAAAUAUGCUCUGCUUUUAUGACACAGCACUCCAAAAAGCAAGUUCUGCAGGCUAGUUUUGUCUUAUCUUGAAUAUUGUCCAGUCGUGUGGUCGAGUGCUGCAAGGAAAGACCUAGUUAAGCUGCAGCUGGCCCAGAACAGAGUGGCACGUCUUGCUCUUCAUUGUAAUCAGAGGGCUAAUAUAAAUACUAUUCAUGCCAGUCUCUCUUGGCUAAGAGUUGAGUAGAGACUGACUGCAUCACUUCUUCUUUUUAUAAGAAACAUUGUGUUGAAAAUUCAAAAUUGUUUGCAUAGCCAAUUUACACACAGCUCUGACACACACACUUACUCCACCAGACAUGCCACCAGGUGUCUUCACAGUCCCCAAAUCCAGAACAAAUUCAAGAAAGCGUACAGUAUUAUAUAGAGCCAUUAUUGCAUGGGACUCCCUUCCAUCUCAUAUUGCUCAAAUGAACAGCAAACCUGAUUUAAAAAAACAGAUAAAGCAACACCUCACUGCACAACGCCUCUCCCCUAUUUGACCUAGAUAGUUUGUGUGUAUGUAUUGAUAUGUAGGCUACGUGUGCCGUUUUUAAAUGGAUGUAGUUUCUGUCCUUGAGCUGUUCUUGUCUAUUAAUGUUCUGUAUUAUGUAAUGUUUCAUGUUUUGUGUGGACCCCAGGAAGAGUAGCUGCUGCUUUCACAACAGCUAAUGGGGACCCUAAGAAAAUACCAAAUUAAUGUAGUUAAUUUCAGAGUGCUGUAUAAUUGUGCCAGUGUCAUUAUUUAGUUAAUUAAUGAUGGAACCAUACAGUUUACACAGAGAUAAUUAGUUGUCCCAGUGGAUGGUGUUUGUGCGCAUGUGUAUGUGUGUGAAUAUGUUUGUGUUUGCGUGUGUGUUUGUGUAUUUGGAUGUAUGUGUGUGUGUGUGUGUGUGUGUGUGUGUGUGUGUGUGUGUGUGUGUGUGUGUGUGUCUUUGUGCAUGCAUGCAUGUGUGUACGUGUUUGUUUAUUUGGUCUCACCGGCUGCUCUUCCCCUAUGUCUUCCCCCUAGGAGGAGAGGUGCCUGCUAGGGUUCCCCUGUGUGAACCCUCUGGUGGCCCAGCUGAUGUUGAGUAGGGGCUCCUCUCUCCACUGGCUCCUGGGGGCCUCCCUCUCCCAGCUGCAGGAGCUGCUCCCUGAGGUCCCUCACAAAGUCAUCAAGGUGACCUGGCCAGCCAUCUCCUUUCACUUGAGUUUCCUAGUCUUGUCAUACACCUUGCCUUCAUUGGGAAGAAAAUAUGGGGUUGUAUAUUACUUCUUUGUAUAUUACAAUGUAGAUGUAUGCGUUUUCCAUAUGCUAUGGAGCAGCUGCAUCCUCAUCAUUACGAACUUUGUCUUCAGUUACGUUUUAUCAGCCAAACUCUGUGAUGGUGCUAUAUUGAUAAUACAAACUUGAAGUAAUUACCUUUCGGCAGGUAGCUUAGUGGUUAAGAGCGUUGUGCCAGUAACCGAAAGGUCGCUGGUUCUAAUCCCCGAGCCGACUAGGUGAAAAAUCUGUCGAUGUGCCCUUGAGCAAGGCACUUAACCCUAAUUGCUCCUGUAAGUCGCUCUGGAUAAGAGCGUCUGCUAAAUGACUAAUUAUUAUUAUUAUUAUUAUUAUUUCAGCUCUUCAGUGACACAACAUCUCUGUACAAGCUGACUGCAGCUACCUCCUCUCCAGAGUCUCACACUGACUUGACGCAUCAGAAAGACCACAAUAGCCCCACUGAGCCUAGGGCCACAAGCAGAGACAACCAAUACACACACACCGACCCUCAUACAAGCCGCAACCCACACUCCGACUGCAACCCUCACCCACACUGCGCUCCACACACACACCACGACCCAGAACCAUUAAACCCCAACUGCUCCCUUGCUGGCUCCCCCAGUGCUGAGAGUGUAGCUGGGAACUUCUAUGAAGAAAGCUCUGUCAUGACCAAGGAGGACAGUGCAGACAUCCAGGUGGACUUGAGUCCCUCCUUCGGCUUCCAGCAGGCCCCUUUUCAGCACACCUGGAGCCACAACCCAUGGGAGGUUGAGGAGGAGAGUGAUGAGGUGAAGUUUGUAGGCUGGAAUAGAGGAAGAGGAGCAGAGGAGUGGACAGGCAGUGCACCCCUACACCAGGAGACCUGUGGCUCCCCCAGAGACUACGUGCCAGAAAAUCAAUUUCAGACAGGCCUCUCAUCCUCAUUCAGCUACAGCACAAACACACAGAGACCAGCGUACUCCGACAACCAGAUGUACUCGUUCUCUACAGUAGGGUACAGUGACCAGCAGCACUACCCUGAUGUCAGCCACUACCCCAGCCUGGCCUCGCAUAGAGGAGCUCUGUCAUGGGGGGGCAGUAGCAGUGGCAGCCCCUACAGCACUGCCCAGUGGAGGGGAGACAUGAGUGUGUCACCUGACUAUGGGACCAGUUACAGAACGGGGAUGGAGAGGAAGAGGAGAGCAGAAGGCCCAGAGAUGGUUGGCACAGGUGAAGACUGAGAGUAACAUGUUUAGAGUCCUUUAGUGGUUUGGGAAAGUUCCAAUAUAGCCUGAAGUGUGAAAAGAACAUAAUUAUUGAUGUAAAUGUGAGCAAUUAGGAGAUUAUUUUGUCCUGUUUUCAUGUAUUUUUUCUCUUAUUUCUUAUUUUCCCCCAGUUGUAACGCCAUUGAAGAGGGGAAAGCUCAGUUAUGAGAAGGUGCCAGGCCGAAGUGAUGGACAGACAAGACUA